CGCCAUUUCAUACAUAUCCUUAGAUUCUCUCCCAAAUCUUUAUUUAGAUUUGAGUAAAACAAAAUUCAACACAAGAAAAAAAAAACAACACUAAUAUGGAGAGUAGCUCUCAAUCAAUGCUCUCUCCUAGUAGUCUCCUAUGUAAAGAGGAUUUGGGAAGUUUAGGCGGUGAAGAGGAUGAAGAAAUUUCAGUAUAUGCAAAUGAUGAUGAUUACAUUCAAACACUUCUUGAUAAAGAAAUCAGAGAUGGAGUGUCCCAAAUGCAAGAUCUUCUCCGGAAUUCUUGGAUUCAAAGGAGGCGUUUGGAGGGGAUUGAUUACAUUCUCAGAAAAAGGGAAGUUCUUGGAUUUGGAGUGGAAACUGCUUAUGCAUCAGUUACAUAUCUUGAUAGAUUUCUCUCGAUAAGAUCUAUUGAUGAAGAGCAAUCUUGGGCCAUGAGGCUUUUGUCUAUGGCUUGUCUGUCACUGGCUGCCAAAGUGGAGGAAAUUAGGGUGCCAGCAUUGUCUGAAUUUUGUGUUGAAGAUUACAAUUUUGAGAGCAGUGUGAUUCAGAGGAUGGAGCUUUUGGUCUUGAAUGCUUUGGGUUGGAAAAUGGGAUCUUUAACCCCUUUCAGUUUCACCACAUUCUUUGCUAGCAAGUUUUGUGACAACAAUUCACCACCAAAAAACUGGCUUUCAAGAGUCAAGGAAGUUAUUUUGACCUCAGUGAGAGAUGCAAAAAUAAUGUGUCAUAGGCCAUCUGUGAUAUCAGCAGCUGCCACAUUGCUUGUAUUAGACCAAGAAUUGACAAAAGAUGCAUUGCACCUCAAGAUUGGUUGCUUGACACCUCUUCACUCUUACAAUAGUGAUACUAUCAUUUCUUGCUACAAUUCAUUUCAAGAAAUGGAGAUUGAGAGAUUGAAUGUAGCCAAAGGCAUUGACUCUCCUGUUCUAUCCCCUAUCCAAUUACAAGAUUAUGGAAGUUACUCCGUGAAUCCCUCGAAGCGAACACGCCUCGUGUUCGAUCGGAUGGAUGAAUCCUGCAAUGUGGAUGAGAAGAAGAAGAAGAAGAAGAAGAAGAAGAAGAAGAAGAAGCCAAAGCCUUGAAAGGAAGCAUCAACUUGGGUGAGAGUUAUGCUUGUGAUGAUAAUUUUCAUGUUUGUAUAUGAUUUAUGGAGUUGAUUCGACACAAAGUAGAAAGGAAAUAUAUUCAUUUGGGAAAAGGGGAAAGGAAAAAGGAAGGAUGAAGUUUGGCAGAAGAACAUGAAAGCUACAUGAGAAGUUUGAAAGAAUGAAAAGGAAAGGAAAUGAAGCUCACAAAGAUGAUGACUUUCACACAGUUUUGGCCAUUGGGUUUUCUUGAAAAACCAAUUUGUUUGAUUGAUUAUUUUUAACUACAUAUUUAUAUUUAUAGCUUAUUAUAGCCACAUGCAGCCCUAGUUUUAGUGGGUCUGCUUUUUUUCAAAUUGUUUUUUAGGUUUUGGAAAGGUGAGAAAAAAUAAUGUGAUUGAGGAAGAGGGUUGUCUGCUGUCUCUUUGAUUAGAUACACUUGUGUUGCAAUAUUUCCCAUCACAAA